CCACAGCUGGAUUGCUGGCGGAUUUCCUCCAAUGGUGAUUGGCCACAUGCCCACGGCGAUCCCUGCUUCUGACUCGCAGCUUCCGGCACGCUAACUUUUUUCUAAGCUCACAUCCAACGCCUCCAACGUGCUCGACCGAGGUCUUUCGUGAGCGGCCGCAGAUAUGGUGGGCAAGAAGGAAGCGCCAAUAGCCAAACCCAAAGCUCCCCCGCGCGGGGCAGCGCGGGCGAUGGCCCCCGCAGCAGACGGCGGCGUGCAGGGCGUCGACGUCGAUGUCCUCGAUGGCGGCCCAGUUGGUGGUGGUAGUGGUGGUGGUGAUGAGCCAGCCGCCGCCGACCUCAACCCAAGCGUGUCCACGUCCGCCGAAGCAACGCGCAAACGCAAAGCGCCCCUCAACACGCAGGCCAAGGACGAAUUCGCCGCCCUCCUCGAGCCCUUCUACUACGGCAAGCGCCUCGACGAGCCCAUCAACACCGCCCGCGACAAGUGGAACCUACUGCCCGCCUUCCUCAAGGUCAAGGGCCUGGUCAAGCAGCACGUCGACUCGUACAACCACUUUGUCGACGUCGAGCUCAAGAAGAUCAUCAAGGCCAACCGCUUCGUACGUAGCGACUUUGACCCCAAGUUCCUGCUCGAGUACACCGACAUCCGCGUCCUGUCGCCCAACAGGCAGGAGGAAGAUGACCUCGACCACCACCGCAGCACCAUUACGCCCAACGAGUGCCGCCUGAGGGACAUGACGUAUGCGGCCCCCAUCGUCGUGGACAUUGUCUACACGAGAGGCAAUGCAAAGGUCAAGCGCACGGGCAUCAAGAUCGGGAGGAUGCCUAUCAUGUUGAAGAGCAACAAGUGCGUGUUGGCAGGCAAGAACGAUCGCGAGAUGGCCGUCAUGGAGGAGUGUCCGCUGGACCCUGGCGGCUACUUCAUCACGCGUGGCCAGGAGAAGGUGAUCCUGGUGCAGGAGCAGCUGAACAAGAACCGUGUCAUUGUGGAGAGCGCAAAGGGCAUUAUGCAGGCCAGCGUCACGAGUUCGACGCACGAGAGGCGCACCAAGACCUAUGUCAUUCAGAAGAAGGGGCUCAUGUUCUUGAGGCACAACACACUUUCUGAGGAGGUCCCAAUCGUCUUUGCGCUCAAGGCAUUGGGUGUGCAUUCGGACAAGGAGAUCCUGCUCAUGGUCGCCGGAGACGACAGUGCGUACCAAGACAGCUUUGCCAUCAACUUCGAGGCCUGUGCGAGAGAAGGGAUCCACACCCAGGAGAAGGCUCUGGAAUACAUCGGCCAUCGAGUACGCCUGACCAAGAAGCCGGCCGGAGCCUCGCGCAUGCGCAACUACCACCUCGAAGCCAUUGAAUGCCUGUCGAACGUCAUCCUCCCGCACGUGCCGGUCGUUGGCACAAACUACCGGCCCAAAGCGCUCUACGUCGCCCUGAUGGCCCGACGAGUCCUCAUGGCCAUGCAAGACCCCAAGCUCGUCGACGACCGCGAUUACGUCGGAAACAAGCGCCUCGAAUUGUCCGGACAGAUGCUGUCUCUCCUCUUCGAAGACCACUUCAAGCGCUUCAACCACGACUUCAAGCUCAGCAUCGACAAGGUCCUGAAGAAGCAGAACCGCGCUCAAGAAUUCGACGCAUUCUCGCACUUCAGCGUGCACAAGAACCACAUCACCAUGGGUAUCGAGCGCGCCAUCGCCACCGGAAACUGGAGUCUGAAGCGUUUCAAGAUGGAGAGGGCCGGUGUCACGCACGUUCUGAGUCGACUGAGUUAUAUCGCUGCGCUGGGUAUGAUGACUCGUAUCAGCUCGCAAUUCGAGAAGACGCGAAAGGUGUCUGGUCCCCGUGCGCUGCAGCCCAGUCAGUUCGGUAUGCUGUGUACGUCUGACACGCCUGAAGGAGAGGCCUGUGGUCUUGUCAAGAAUCUGGCGUUGAUGACGCAUAUCACGACUGAAGAUGAUGAGGGGCCGGUGCGCAAGAUUGUGUUCUUGUUGGGUGCCGAGGAUAUCUGCUCGCAGACGGGAGAGGAGAUUCACGCCGAGGGUAUGUACUCGGUGUGUCUGAACGGUACACCGAUCGCAGUCACAGACACCCCGAAGCGCUUCCUGAACAGCUUCCGGAAGCUGAGACGCAUGGGUCGCAUCUCCGAGUUCACGAGCGUCCACAUCGAUCACGAUCAUUGCGAAGUACACCUCGCGACUGACGAAGGUCGUAUUUGCCGACCGAUGAUCAUCGUCGAGAAUGAGCGGUCCAAGGUCACGAGGCGAUACCUGAAGGCUUUACGGAAGGGCACCAUGGAGUUCGAAGACUUCUUGACAAGGGGUCUCGUCGAAUACCUUGAUACCAACGAGGAGAACGACACAAACAUCGCGCUGUCUGAAAAUGAUAUCAACCAGCACACCACACAUCUCGAGAUCGAACCCUUCACCAUCCUCGGUGCUGUUGCCGGCCUCAUUCCCUACCCUCACCACAACCAGUCGCCGCGUAACACCUACCAAUGUGCCAUGGGUAAACAAGCCAUCGGCGCAAUUGCCUACAAUCAGUUCAAUAGGAUAGACACGCUUCUCUACCUUAUGGUCUACCCUCAACAACCCAUGGUCAAGACCCGCACCAUCGAACUCACAAAGUACGACAAGCUCCCCGCCGGCCAGAACGCCACCGUCGCUGUCAUGUCCUACUCCGGAUACGAUAUCGAAGACGCCCUUAUUCUCAACAAAGCCUCCUGCGACCGCGGUUUCGGCCGCUGCCAAGUGAUGAAGAAGUCCGUCACCCCACUCAAGACCUACGCCAACGGCACGUCCGACCGCAUUAACGCCGGUGCCCUGGACCCAAACAAACAAGACCACCAAGCCAUCGGCGCAGACGGCAUCGCGCAAGUCGGCGCCCGCCUCGAAGCCGGCGACGCCUACCUCCUCAAAUCGCUCCCCGCCGAUACCGCCGGCCCCGCCUCGAACGCGUACAAAGACAAGCCCGACCGCUACAAGCUGCCCGACUGCAGUUACGUGGACAAAGCCUGCAUCACGGAGAAUGAAGCGGGCGUCACGCUCAUCAAGCUGCUACUUCGCCAGACAAGGCGGCCCGAGCUGGGCGACAAGUUCUCCUCCCGCCACGGCCAGAAGGGUACAACGGGCUUGAUCGUCCAGCAAGAAGACAUGCCCUUCAACGACGCGGGCAUCUGUCCGGAUAUCAUCAUGAACCCGCACGGAUUCCCGUCGCGCAUGACAGUCGGGAAAAUGAUGGAGCUCUUGUCCGGCAAAGCGGGCGUUCUGAACGGCACGCUCGAGUACGGGACUGCCUUCGGUGGCAGCAAGGUCGAGGACAUGUCCGAGAUCCUGGUCCGCAACGGCUUCUCCUACACUGGCAAGGACUACCUCACGUCCGGCAUCACCGGCGAGGCGCACCAAUUCUUUACUUUCUUCGGCCCGAUUUACUACCAGAAACUCAAGCAUAUGGUCCAGGAUAAGAUGCACUCGCGUGCACGAGGGCCGCGCGCCAUCCUCACGCGCCAGCCCACCGAGGGUCGUGCUAGGAGUGGUGGUCUGCGUCUCGGCGAGAUGGAGCGCGAUUGCCUCAUCGCGUACGGCGCGAGCCAGCUCCUCCUUGAGCGUCUGAUGAUCAGUUCGGACGCGCACGACGUCGACGUGUGCGAGAAGUGCGGCCAGAUGGGCUACUCGGGCUACUGCAAGCUCUGCGAGAGCGAAAAGGCAGUCCGCCGCAUCACCAUGCCGUACGCGGCGAAGCUACUGAUCCAGGAGCUGGGCAGCAUGAACGUCAAGGUCACGAUUGGGCUGGAGGAUGAGUUCCCCCGACAUGUGGACUAGACGACAGAUGGGAGCGCGGGGUCGUGGUUGUAGAGGACGUGCGGCGGUUUUUCUGUUGGGGAGGGGGUGCAUAGCGAUGGCGCUUUUGGUCUUUGUUGGGUAGAGAUGUGGUGAAUGAAUUACAUGCUCUUUCUACCCUGUGCUUGGUUCGUGGCUCUGAGAUGGUGUCGAGGAGGUUGAGAGAGAGUGCGCUUUAUUUUGUACACGUGGAGGUCGUCGCCGGUCAUUAUUUGUCACGCAUAGGACUGCGUUUGUGACCUCGUCGUGCUCACUCUUCCUCUCUCCUCUAUAAUGCAAAGGCUUGC